AUGAAAUUGGACGUUGGGAGAAGAAAUCAAGCGGCCCGCGUGGGAUCCGGCAGGGCCCCAGACUGCUCUGCACCCCCCGUCCCCAGGCCAGCAGCAGCCAGUCCCCGCAGCGUUCGCUUCAGGCCGGGGCCGGAGGCUCCCGUCCCGCUGUCGCUCCGGGGAAUCUUUGUUCGUGCCCCUCAGCCCCUCGCCGUGCUCCCUGGACGCUGCCGACGGCCCCUGCCCAGCCCCUCCUCGCACCUCACCUACCUGGACACCGCGCGCCUGGCGGACGUGUCGAUAGCCGAAGACAUUACGGUGGAGGGGGAGAUUACCGUUCCUGUCGGGUCUCGCUCUCCUGACGAAGACUACUCCACGCUGGAUGAGCCCGUUAGGGAAACCAUUCUGCGAGAUCUGAAGGCCGUUGGGAAGAAAUUUGUCCAUGUCAUGUACCCGAAGAAGAGUAGCGCGCUCCUCAGAGACUGGGAUCUGUGGGGCCCUUUGGUGCUGUGUGUCUCGCUUGCACUGAUGCUGCAGGGUGGAUCCGCAGAUAGUAAAGACGACGGCGGGCCCCAGUUUGCUGAGGUCUUUGUCAUCAUCUGGUUUGGCGCAGUGGUCAUCACACUAAACUCGAAGCUGCUCGGAGGAACUAUAUCGUUUUUUCAGAGCCUGUGUGUUCUGGGUUACUGCAUCCUGCCCCUGACGGUAGCCAUGCUGGUGUGCAGGCUGGUCCUGCUGGCAGGUUCUGGGACCGUCAGCUUCAUUAUUCGUCUUAUUGUGGUGGUAGCCAUGUUUGGCUGGUCGACGUUAGCAUCUACGGCUUUCCUGGCAUCGGAAGAGACUGUGCAAUACGGACUGGAGUUUUUUCCUGAACGCUGCAGUUAA